AUGUCCAUGGCCACCCUGAUGAUUUCCACAGGGCAGGCACAAGCGCUGGCGCAGCACCUUACCCCAGCACAAAGAAGGCAUCUCCCAGUCAGCAUCCUCCCCAAACCCACACCCAAUGCCCAACCCAAAAAGACCGCUCCCGCACCUAAACCCUCUCCUCCCGAACAAACCAAGACACAACAUCCAUCUGCCCCGUCCAAGCGCAUCAAAGACGUGGUAAAAAGUGCCAGAAAGCACAAAACCACCGUCAGGCGGAAACCACCUAAGAAAGCAACAUCAAUCCCACCGCCAACCACCAAGGCACGUACUCCCUCCCCCUCAGGGAGCGGGGACGAGACAGACCGCCCCCUCGUCAUCGACGAAUCCCGGGAACCCACCCCCGCAGACACUACCGAGCCCCAGACAUCAGGCACCGAGGGCGACGGUUUUCAGAAAGCGCGGAAAACCGCCCGCCUACCCGUCACCCAGCAGGCAAGAGGCAUUGCUUCUACAAGCAAUAAGUUCUUGCCGCUGUCUGACGAGGACGAAGCAGUACCCGCGGACCACGAGUUUAUGACGACUACGCGCGACCCGGACGAUGAGAUGGAAUACUCUACAGACCCUCCCCGUGAAGACUGUGCUGCCGGUGCCCCGCAGAGGGUGCCUCAGCGCAAGAGAUCGGCUGUCACGUCGGCCAGUGACGACCAACACACUUCUGGUACGAGUGACGCUGGAUUCAAGAAACCGCCACCUAAGAAGAGGGCGGCUCCACGACAGCGCACGCCCGUUGCCCCUGUAUCUACUGCCAAUCAGUACGACGCCCUCCAGGAUGGCGCCGACUCUGAAGAUCCCGACGGGCCUCCACCGGCGGCUGCCGACGAUGCUUCCCGUCGUUCCGGCCCUAAGCUGCCGCCGAUUGUUAUCGACUACCCUGACGACUAUAUGACGCUUCGGGACUGGCUCCAGGCCAACCUAAAGGAUGCUUUCACCGCCAAACACUGCGGCGAAGACCGUCUGAAGCUGACCGUCGCCACCACUGAAGAUUACGUGGCUGUCAUGGACAUGGUUGGUGCACGUGGGAUCCCCAAUUACACCUUCCCCACUGUCCGUCCCAAAGUUCUCAAGGUUGCCAUGCGUGGCAUACCGCUGAAGAUGAAGGCGGACGCCUUUAAGGACGGCCUCAUCACUAUGGGUUUCGCGCCUACUGCAGCCACGCGGAUGAAGAUGCCUGGUACUCAGCGCCCCAUCCCUUUGAUGGAGAUCCCGUCCCGCUCCGAUGGACCACAGCAGCGGCGCCGGGCUGCGCCCCCACCUGCUCCACCUCUUACUCCUCCGCGGCAACCCGCCCAGCGGCGUCUGCUUGCUGCUCGGGCGGACCUUGGCUAUGCCGACGUCCUCCAGGGCCAGACGACGCCUCCUUCUGCCCCUGCUGUUCCGCCUCCGCGACACUCUGAAGACGGGCCCGCUCCACCUGCUGCGGCUGCUGAUUUCAUCGCGGUCUUGAAAGAAGUCCAGGCCACCCUCGUUGCUGUCUCCGCCGCUCUGGCCCAGCUGCCGACCGCCAUCACUGCUGCAGUCCAUGCAGCCCUCCGAAGUUUCCCCACCGCCACGGCGUUUGCAUCCACUGGCCAUGGCUCACAACCUUAG